GUUGUCAACAAAUCCAAAUAGACCUAUAAUAGCUCCUACAAUCACAUGUAUUCUUAGUAACUCCGCUUUCAUCACAAACUUUGGUCAAGAGAAACAGAGCGUAGCGAUUACUGACGAUGGAGAGUAGCGACGAGGAAGGACCACCCAGAGGUAUGGAGGAUGCAAUGGUCGAAGCUACCCCUCGACGACGGGUAGCAGGCGCUCGUCGCAGUCCUUCCGGAAGUGGCAGCACACCCAGAACUCCAGCUUCGGAAGAUGGAGCUGCUGUCCCUGGGACGCCCUAUGAAAUUGUUCCUGCCACUCCUGCUGCUCGCAAAAGGGGAGCUGGCGAAGGAUCGCCACUGACACCAUUGGGGCUGGAAGAAGAAGACGAAGAAGAAACAGCCAAUGCUAAUAGUCGGAAUCAGAAUGAUGGCGACAAUGACGAUGACAUCCUGUUAUCAUCUGACGAUGAAGCGGAAAAUCCAACUCCACCAGGAGCUGGGCACAAUAACGAAGAAAAUGGUCAACAGGAAGAGGAUGAAGAGGCUCAGGAAGAAGACAACCUCUUUCUGGCCGCUGGCGAAGAAGAGCUUCCAGUUGUGAGGGGAACUACAAUUAAUAUUCCCACUGCUGCCGCUGUCUUUCGGCAUUUCUUGCGUAACUUCAAGUCCUUGGCUAGGGCUCGUCGAGCAAACAAUGUUGGCUCUGGCUCGGAUACGGAUGAAGAUGAGGACGACGACAACAACAACAAUGAGCCUGCUCUGUACAUGGAACGUCUACGGACUCUCUUGACGCGAGGAGUCAUUUUUGACCAUGAUCAGGAGCAGGACAACACAGUUUCGCCUACAACCAGCAGUCUCGAUAUUGAUACUAUGCAUAUUUACUAUCAUAGCGAAGACUGCCAACGCUUUUAUCAACAGCUUAUUGAGUAUCCAAUGGAGAUUGUUCCGCUCAUGGAUCUGGUUGUACGCAAGGAACUCGAAACACUUGCAGGUAUCAUGGCCACUGAAAACGAUCUGGAUGAAGCUCCACACAUUCCAAAUGUCCAAGUGCGACCCUUCAACCUACGCACCGUCUCCAAUAUUCGGUGCCUAGACCCUGUCGCAAUGGACAAUCUGCUCAGUAUCAAGGGAAUGAUUGUUCGCAUCUCUCCCAUUAUUCCUGAUCUCAAGGUUGCCCAUUUCACUUGUGCCAUUUGUGGAAACGAUGUCCAAGUCACCAUUGAUAGAGGACGCAUCAAGGAACCCAACAGCAAAUGUCCAAGGUGCAACAUCAACAACUCUUACCAGCUCGUCCACAAUCGAUCCAUUUUUGCCAACAAGCAGUUGGUGCGCUUGCAAGAAACACCCGAUGAGGUUCCGGCAGGACAGACACCCGCCUCGGUCAUGACGUUUUGUUAUGAUGAUUUGGUUGAUUGCGUCAAACCGGGAGACAAGGUGGAAGUCACGGGUGUUCUUAGGGCUCAACCGGUUAGGGUCAACCCCAAGAUUUCCAAGGUGAAGUCUAUCUACAAGACCUACCUCGAUGUCAUUCAUUUCAAGCGUAUCACGGGCUUGGAGUCGGCACGCAAUCGAGACAAGGAGCGGGUUGGAAGAGAAGGAGCGGGUAUGACGUCUCGUUUUACUCAGGAGCGAAUUGAUCAGCUAAAGACUCUCUCUCAGCGACCUGACAUCUAUGACAUGUUGACAUCUUCCUUGGCGCCUUCCAUCUGGGAGCUAGACAAUGUCAAAAAGGGCGUACUCUGCAUGCUGUUUGGUGGCAAUCACGUCAGAGUGAAGAGGGGCUAUGCUGACCAAUGUCGUAAGCGGGACGAGAAGGAAAACAAACGCCGUGCCGGCAACCGGGAUGAUGACUCCCUCAUGGAAGAUGAGGACGAGGAGCAGGAUGAAGAUGAGGAAGAUCUUGAUUUGGACGAAGAGAAACUUCACAAAAGAGGGGACAUCAAUAUCUUACUCUGUGGGGACCCGGGUACUUCCAAAUCACAGCUUCUCAGCUAUGUCAACAAACUCAGCGCUCGAGGAGUGUACACGUCGGGUAAGGGGUCCUCCGCCGUCGGGCUGACGGCUUCAGUGGUGAGAGAUCCAGAAACAAGAGAUCUUGUCUUGGAAAGUGGAGCUUUGGUUCUCAGUGAUCAAGGGAUCUGUUGCAUUGAUGAAUUUGACAAGAUGAGUGAUGCCAGCCGCAGUGUGCUACACGAAGCCAUGGAACAGCAAACCGUUUCAAUCGCAAAAGCUGGCAUCAUUGCUACACUCAACUCCCGAACAUCAGUUCUUGCCUCCGCAAAUCCCACCGAAUCCAGAUACAAUCCUGCGCGAAGUGUUGUCGACAAUAUUCAGCUUCCGCCAACCCUUCUCUCCCGAUUUGAUUUGAUCUAUCUCAUCUUGGACAGCCCCAAUGUAGACCAUGAUCGAAGGUUGGCACAGCACUUGGUCGGUCUUUACUAUGAGACUCCCAAUGUGACGGAGCCUCCCAUGGACCAGGAUCUACUUCGGGACUAUAUUGAGUAUGCUCGACUCUACGUUCACCCUGAGAUCACUGACGAAGCUGCGGAACAACUCAUCUCCAGUUACCUUGAAAUGCGCAAUCCUAUGGGAGGCAACGUUGCAAGCAAUGGAACACGCACCAUUUCAGCGACCCCGCGUCAGUUGGAGUCUUUGAUUCGAUUGAGCGAGGCCUUGGCAAAGAUGCGAUAUAGCUACGAGGUGACUCGAGCGGAUGCAAUGGAGGCGGUUCGUCUCAUGAAGGUGGCAACUCAAGCUGCAGCGACGGAUCCAAGAACUGGGCGCAUUGAUAUGGAUAUGCUAGCAACCGGUCGGUCGACUGUAGACAGAGAAAUGGAAGAGCAGCUGACGCUUGGCAUCAAGGAGCUUUUGAACGAGCGCCGCGGAAAGCGCAUGGCAGUGAGGGAUGUUGUGAGGCAAAUGUCUGAAAUCACUAACACUACAGUCAACCAUGGUGAUGUGGUGACUUGUCUUCGACAAAUGGAAACAGACGGAGCCAUCCAAUUCAACGAACGGGCUCAGACUAUCUUUGUACGUUCAGGAAUCAGGGCUGGCUAGUUCCAUUUGCUGACAGCAAUGGAAAGAAGUACCUGGUAUCAGUAAACCCAGCUAGAACAGGGCAUUGCUCUGAAUACGUAAGAACAUAUAUGUCCAGCCAUCUAGCUAGCAACGGCGGUUUAUAUCUUAGAGCCGGCGGUGAAAAAUGUGAAAGCA